UUUGGUUACACCACGGUCCUGUUGAAAAGUUAGCCGGCUAUAAUACUAAUGCUAAAGCUAAAUAACUGGUGCUGCUGGAAGCCAUAAAAGCGCACAUAUUUUAUGAUCGGGUCUGAAUGGACCCUGGCAGCAUGCAGGCGGAGUUUCGGGCUCCCCGGCGACGCUGCCGGGUGUACGAAGAGUAUGAGGCUCCGUUCCCUGUGAGUCGCACCCCGGAGGAGAGGAGCUCUUUCCGGGCGGAGCUCGUCAGCCAACACGUCUUGGUUUGUGUGCCAGACCACAUCGACAAGAUUCACAAGCAGGGGUAUUUUGGUAAAGGUGUACUGUCAAGAGCCAGACCGGAUUACAGUGUUUCUGACCAGUGGGAGCAACAUGAAGGUUUGCUACUUCCUGUCCUCACACAGUCCAGGUAUGAGCAGCUGCUCGGGUGGGCGAAGUCUACACUCUUGGCUCAGGGGUUGGCUAAAGAGGCUGUCAAUCAAAUCAUGCUCCAACUGUCUAAGCCUGUGGAGAUGCAGGACGUGAGGCAGGAAACAGGAAGUAGGAAAAAUAUUGAGCGUCCAGUGACAGACAGUCAAGCUCCUCCCCUUGCCAAGAGGCUGCGGCGGCCAACGUCAGAUGUCACGUUCGAUUCCAAGACCACCUGCAGGUCGGAAGACACACAGGACUCGGCCCUGAUUUCCGACCCCUUUUGUGAACAUAGUCCUGACCAAGGAUCUGAUCUGGACUCUGACUUGGAUCUUGAUUCACUAGUUCCAGGUCCUGGUUUUGUACUUGUGCUCUCUGACGCUGAUGCUGACACAGCCGCCCGGCAGAUCCGACGUGAUCCCUUCCGUCUCACGGAAUAUUUACAACUCACCCUGGAAGAGGCCUUCUUCCUGGUCUACAGCCUGGGCUGUCUGUCAGUCCACGUGCAGCAGGAGCCCCUGUCAAUCAUCCAGCUGUGGAAGAAGCUGCGGUCGCUGCGACCUGAUUUCAUUAGCUCCUAUGCAGCCUAUCAUCACUUUCGCAGCAGGGGGUGGGUCCCCAAAGGAGGAAGUGGCGCUAAAUACGGUGUUGACCUCUUAUUGUACAGAAAAGGACCCCCUUUCUACCAUGCCAGUUAUUCUGUGGUGGUAGAAAAGGUUGAUGAUGGUUUCAGCGGCUCGACACUACGUCCAUUUACAUGGCGUUCUCUAGCGGCUCUCAGCCGCAUCACUGCUAACGUCUCUAAGGAGCUGAUGAUGUGUUACAUAAUCUAUCCCGCUGACCUCUCAGAGGCUGCGCUGGACUCACCUGCGUGUCUGAGCAAACUGAAGGUUCAGGAGGUUAUCGUCAACAGGUGGGUUUCCUCCAAAGAACGAGCAGAGCAGGAUGACAUUUGAUUGGGUGACAGAUGAGAGGCAUAUACGCUCAUGGAAACAAAGGAAUGAAAGUUCUGUACCUUAAGUGCUAAUAAAUUAAAAAUGCCACCAUCAA